AUGGCGAGGGUGCCGGUGGAGUUCCUGGCGCAGCGCCUCGCGAUGGCGUCGGCGGAGGGGCACCCGACAUCGAACAGCACCACCGUCUCUGGCCUUGACCUGACGUGGGUAAACAAUAAGGCGCUGACAUACGCCGCCGUCCUCUGCGCCGUGGUCUGCUGCUUCAUCUCGUUCAGCGACCUGCGCGAGCACCUCUCCCGGUUCGACUACCCAAAGUUGCAGGUGUUGGAGAUGCGCAUCAUCCUGAUGGUCCCGAUCUACGCCGUCUUCUCCGCCCUGUCGCUGCUCUUCUAUAGGUGGCGCUUCUUCUUCGAGACGGUGCGCGACACGUACGAGAGCUUUGUCCUGUAUAUCUUCUUCAUGCUGAUGGUGUCGUACUGCGGCGGCGAGGGGCAGCUGCUGCGGUCUCUCAAGAAGAAGCGGUACAAGGGCAUGCACCCGUUUCCGAUGUGCUACCUGCCAUCCUUCCCGCUCGACACGGACUUUUACCUGCGCUGCAAGCGCUGGGUGCUGCAAUGCGCGCUGAUCAAGCCUCUCGCGUCCUUCGUUGCCAUGGUAUGCCAUCCGCUUGGGAUCUACAAAGAGGGCAGCUUUGGGCCGGACAACGUGUACACGUACGCCUGCAUCGUCAUCAACGUUAGCCUCACGAUGGCGCUCUACUACCUCGUGCUGUUCGAGGUUGAGUGCGAGAAGGAGAUGCACUACGCCAAGACCUUCUUGAAGUUCCUCUGCAUCAAGUCCAUCAUUUUCUUCAGCUACUGGCAGUCUGUCAUUGUGAACCUCGCCUCCUCAGCCGGCCUCAUCUACCUUGGCGCCCAUGAGCAUGAGGUCGAGGCCACGAGGGCUGUUAUCCAGGAUCUUCUCAUGUGCUUUGAGCUGCUGCCGGUGGCCUUCUUGCACCGUGCCGCCUUUGGGCGGGCAAAGCUGGAUGAUGAGAUGGCCUGCGUCCCGGUGUACAUGAAGGAUAGCAGCACCGGCGACCUGCGGACCAACGUGGACACGGCGCUGAACGUGAAUGACAUCAUUGAUGACACGUUCGGGACCAUCUUCUACCGCAAGGGCAAGCUGAUUGACCAGGAGAAUGGCGGCGACAGCGACGAUGACGCGGUGAACUACGGCGAAGGUGCCGGCACGGCGGACGGCGGGAGAGGCGCCUCGCGGGGGCCGAGUGCCGGUGCAGGGCUCGGCGGCGCUGUCGAUGAGUUGGCCUUCAUGGGCAAUGCUGACGCCAUCGCGCGCGAUCCUACACUGGAGGAGCUCGUCCGCCACGCCAUCGCGACGGACUACGGCAUCCGCGUGGACGGUGUGCUCCACUACGACGCGGACAGUGACCGCGAGGACCGCAAUCAGGACAUGAGCUUCGCCGACACGGACGUCAUCCUCCACCGCUCGAAGAAGGAGGCUGCAACGCUGGAUGUGCGGGUCGACACAGACCUUCUCCGCUCGCACCAGGUGCCCCAGGGCGGCGCGACGCCGCAUAUUUACUGCGUCGUGUGUGGCCGCUUUGAUCGCGAUAUGGUGCGCCGGCGAAACGGCUAUAAAUGCAAGGAGUGCGUUGGCACGAAGAGUCGGUCGCUGCUGCGGCGCCACCAGCAGGAGGUCAUCGGGGGCGGCGAGGGCAAGAUGGAGUCCCGGCGCGGCGGCCGCCUCGGCCACGACACCGCUGUGGUGGUGGAGACGAUGGACUGCACAGCGGACUUUGGCCGCGGUGAGCGAUGA